AUGGCCGUGACGUUGGACGGAGAACAGAUUCGAGGACCCAUUACCCCCUUGGGGAAUUUUGUUCUUGUCAAGGUCAAAGAUACCCUGCAGGCGACCGCUGGAGGGGUCCUGCUACCAGACCAAUCCAAGGAACGUCCUACAGAGGGGUUGGUCAUGGAGGCGGGACCUGGGAAAAUCCACCCGCACACGGGUAUUCGUAUCACCAACCCUGUCACAGCGGGAGUAUCGGUGCUCUAUGGAAAGUUUGAUGGCAAACCAAUCGAAUACAAGGGUGAAGAAUGUCAAAUGAUCCGGGACGACGAUGUCAUGUUGUAUUAUACCGGCGUCACCAUGAGCUUGGAAAAUGUGACACCCUGUCGGGAUUAUGUAUUGAUUGAGGUGCCACCUAAACAAGAACAAUUGACUUCUUCAGGAGUUGUAAUUGCUGAUAUGGUUACCAAAGAAGAUGAGGUCUGUGAGGGCUUUGUGAUCAAGGUGGGAGAAGGACGAUUGAAUUCCAGUGGAGAAUUCUCCCCAAGCCCAGUGGCAAUUGGAGAGAAGGUCAAGUUCAAGGAUUAUGCAGGAAAUGAUGUUCGUAUUGAAGGCAAGGACUAUGUUCUGGUGCGAAUGGUGGAAAUUCUAUGUACAGCCUUCAAUGAUGUAACGGAGGAGCACAGUCCCUAG